UUAAUAAUUUGAUGGCGGUGACCAAAAAAGUCGUAAUUAAACCGAUAAAAGAAAUCAUUUAAAUUUAGUUUUUAACCAAUUUUGUGAUAAUAAAUAAUUUUACGAAUGUGUGCAAUGCAUUUGUUGCACAAAAUUCUAACGAUAAAUGCAAUAAAUUCCGUCACUUGGCAAUAGAAAACGAAUAUACUUUUUCAACAUACAAAAAUUUUUUUUUUCGAAUUGGCCACCAUUUUGCGGCUGAUUUUGUUCAAAUUAAAAUUAUAUUGCGAUACUCAUCAAGUAGUCAUCGUAUGAUAAUGUAAAUGUUUAUGGCGGCAGCGACAAUUGUGGCCACAUUAUCAACGAUUCAUUGAAGAAAAGCCAACCACAAUCCAACAUCGCAAACUGAUACGGCGAAACACCCAUCAACGAAAUGACAUUCGAAAACAGAGGACGUCCAACCGAGCCACCGGAAAACAAAACGAACAUGACAAAUUCUGACACCGAUGUGACACCAGCAUCGACGCCAGAGGAGCUUAUUGCAUAUUUUCCGGUGGCCAAGUUGCGUUCACUGAUCGGCAAGAUAUCGAAUCAACGUUGGAUUGUGCCGGUGUUGCCCGAACAGGAGCUGGAGUGUUUGCUGAAUUAUGCCAUCGAAUUGACAAAGGCCGGUGUCGACCAUGAGUGUGAACCGUGCAUGCAAUUUUAUCGGGAAGGAUUGUCGGUGUCGUUUAUGAAAAUAUUGACGGACGAAGCUGUCAAUUCGUGGAAGUACAACAUUCACUAUUGCAUUUUAAAUUCGUGCGGAAAAUUGUUACAAUUGUGUGCGCUACAUAUGAAACGUGAUAAUCCGUAUUUACUAGACUUACUGUGCGUGGUACUCGAUCCGGAAAAUAAAUUCAACACGUUUAACGUCAGCCGGCAUUCGGAUCAGUAUACGGUUUCGCCGGGAUCCACAGCCGCACCGCAUUGGGGCACGCUCGACGAGAACCAAAUCUAUGCAAAAUCGCCACCAGAGCCACGAAACCCUCGCGGUUGGCUGUGUGAUUUGAUCAAUCGAUUUGGUGAGUACGGCGGCUUCGACAAUCUGUUGGAACGAUUCAACUCCGGCAUAGCGGCCCUGAAAAAAGCCGACGAACUUCCGUCAUUAUCAACACUAUCGUUGAGCGACGAUUCGACCAAAAUGAAAACGUCACUGACGAGUCUGGGCACAAACAGCAGCAGCACAUCAUCGAGCGUGUCGAAUAAUGACAACAAAAUCACCAUUCAAUUGAUUCAUUUGCUGUUGCGUCCGUUCGGUCAGUGUUCCGAAUUGCUAACGGUGCCGACGAUCGAAAAAUACUUUAUGCCAAUAUGGGAAGUGGUGCUCGGUUUGAUGGAUAACAUGACCGAUGACGAAUUGAAACGCGAAGCGAAACCGGAAGGCCGCAGUGAUUCGAUUAACGGGAUUGUGAAGGCGGCCCGUUCGUUAGCUAGUCGUUUGCCGAAUCAGGAGAAUUUGAUUAAGGAUUUGGAAAUGUUUCGACUGAAGAUGAUCUUGCGAUUGUUGAAAGUGUCGAGUUUCAAUGGCAAGAUGAACGCGCUGAACGAAAUCAACAAAAUGUUGAGCCUGGUGUCAUAUUAUCCGCAAUUGGACGAAGAAUUGGAUUGGUUGACUGCUAAACGGAUGGCGGAUUGGAUCAAUGAGAGCGGCGUAUUAGGAAUCGUUCUGCGUGACUCGUUGCAUCAACCGCAAUACGUGGAAAAGCUGGAGAAAAUAAUUCGAUUUUUGAUCAAAGAGAAGUCUCUGUCGAUAGAGGACUUGGACGCGGUUUGGCGAGCACAAGACGGCAAACACGAAACGAUUGUAAAGAAUGUGCACGAUCUCUUAGCGAAAUUAGCGUGGGACUUUCAUCCAGAGCAGUUGGAUCAUUUGUUCAAAUGUUUUGAGGCGAGCAUGUCAACUGCAAGUAAACGACCGCGUGAACGUCUUCUCGAGUUAAUUCGUCGUUUGGCCGAAGACGAUAAAAACGGUGUAAUGGCCACCAAAGUUUUGAACUUAUUCUGGCAACUAGGCCACAGUCCCGACAUUUCCCAGGAUGUUAUGGACCAGGCACUUAGUGCUCAUGUUAAAAUUUUGGAUUACAGUUGUUCCAAAGACAAAGACGCACAGAAGUAUCUGUGGCUGGACAAAUGUGUGGAUGAGGUGAAAAUGGGCGAAACAUGGGUGCUACCAGCUCUGCGACUAAUUCGGGAGAUUUGUUGCUUGUACGAAGCAACGCCGAACCAUCUUCCACGCCUUCAAAAUCUGAACCGCUUACAAGUCAUCGAACGAGUACAGUCGGAUCAUUCGCUGGUGAUACUGGUGACAAACAGUCUGAUAACGUAUUUGGAGCGUGUACGACGUCACGUAUCGGCUAGGCAGUGGUUGAAACCUAACGAUGUCAUCUUAGAUGGCAGAUAUCCGCAUCCGCAGCAGAUCCAAGAGCGAUUGGAUUUUUUGAAAUUCCUACUGAAAGACGGUCAACUGUGGCUCUGUGCCGAUCAAGCCAAAUUGAUCUGGGAAUGUUUGGCCGUGAAUGCAGUGUUUGUGAGCGAUCGCGAGGAAUGUUUUCGCUGGUUUGGCAAACUGAUGGGUGACGAUCCCGAUCUGGACCCGGGCAUAAAUCGUAACUUUUUCGAGGAGAAUUGCUUGAAAUUGGAUCCGCACUUGAUUACCGAAAGCGGCAUCAAAUGUUUCGAGCGCUUUUUCAAGGCUGUUAAUUCCAAAGAAGGUAAACUGAAGGAGAAGCAUCGAGGAUACAUUUUGGAUGACGAAAAUUUGAUUGGAAAGGAUUACUUGUGGAACAUGAUUGUGCAAAGUGCCGAGGAAAUAUCCCACAAAGCCAUUGAAUUGUUGAUUGAAGUGUCGACAGCACUGGGGGAACGGCUGCAAGCGAAAAUCAACGAUUUCCAUAAAAAUUUCAUUGCCGAUUGUUUCGAGAGGCUUGAAAUCUAUUACGAGUCAAUAGUCACACUGAAUAAAACCAUUACCGGUCCCCUAGCGCCAACAGAUCCAAAUAUUCGUAUGCGCGAGAAUCAUGCCCAGAAAAUGUGCCGUGUCAUCCGUGUACUGCAGGAAUAUAUUAAGGAAUGUGAUCGUACGUUUAGCGGCGAACGCAAACGGUUGCCGUUGAGUCGAGCACAUCGCGGGAAAGAUCUGAUUUUGUUCAUUCGUUUCAAUAAUCCCGGUCGACAGAUCGACGACAUGGAAUUCACAACCCAUACGAACGAAAUGGUGGCAACGUUGAAGCGAAAUUUGCUGAAGAAAAUCAAAGGAACGUCGAUGAGUAACAUUAAGGUCGACUUUUUCUACAACAAUGGCGAACUUAUCGACACCGGUGACGAUCGAAGUCCCAUUGGUCAGUUCACGUUUAGGGACAAAACAGUUUUGACGGCUAAGCUAACGAUCAUGGGAACCGGUCUUUCGAGCAGUCCUGAUAGUUCCAGCGAUAGUAGCACAGGAUCUCCACCUCGUCCCUGUCCCGAUGUUCAACGACCCGAAACGGAGGGAACACUACCCGGAGUGCUCAUUUCAAAGAAGCCAGAGAACGUAGAUUUCAUCCUGAAAAUUUAUCAGCUGGCAAGUGACAUACAAGAUGGCAAUUUGCGCGAUACUUGCAGCAGUCUUUUGCAUCUUGUACCAGCCGACAAUCACACUGCUGAUCAAAUUGUCUUGAUGAGUGGUGUGAUGCCUUACAUCGAUAAAAACGGACAAAACAAACCCCCAACAAAGGAAUCUAUGUUCCUGAACGCUAAACCGACCCGAGUGCUGUACAACCUUGAAGUAUUGCACUCACUUCUGUUGCCGGCGGUAGAUCCACUACAAGCCAACACCACGACGUUUCAAUUGAACUGGAUCAAAUCGGGCCUUUGGCACUUCGUACUGGAACUGUUGACGAAGAAGGACUUCCUUCCCGAUGCCGAUAUGCAUGUGAAACGUGCCAUAUACCAGAACAUACUUCGUUUAGUGAAAAUAUUUCUGUACAUCGUUGGCUGUGUUUUAAGUAGAGUCGGUGACGAGCCGACAAAUUCAUCGAAUUGGGACAAUGGACGAUCACAAAUCGAAAUAUUGAAACAGACACUGAACACGGUGCUGGGUAAUAGUGAAUUGACCGUACGAGCGAUAGCCAAAAAAUUAGCCGAAGGUCUGGCUACCGAAAUGCUGUCAGCCGAACCGGAAGGCGAUGCUUGUCGAACACUUUUCGGAACGGCGUUGGACUGGAAUUGUCCCGACUUUUCGACCAUCAAAGCAAUUGUUCAACUAGCAUGGGCAAGCGGUGCGGGAUGUUUGAACAAAAUUAACACCUGCAAUGACUUUAGCGGUGUGAAGGCGAAGCCUGAAUUGGCUGACCAAAGUCUGUGCAAGGAGGCACUGGAAGUAUUAACAAUUAGUCUAGUCUUGAAUCCGGAAGCGAACGAAUCACUUUGCCAGUUCAACAUUUGGCCAAAGUUUAUCACGUCCAUCGUACUGAUGAAUCCCAUGCGACAAAUUCGACAACAUGCCGGCGAGCAAUUGUAUCUGAGCUGUACGUUCUGUGCGGGCGGCCAUCGACAAUUCGAUUUCGUUAUAAAACUGCUGGUUGACUCGUUGCAAACGUUGGUGCCUAAUCAUGCGUCGACCUGUGCUGAAUUCUUUCAAUUGCUGUGCAGGAAUUUGAACUACGGCUGUCUCUACAAUUGGCCAUUGGCUAUCAACGACCAGUUACUGGGCCAGGAAAUCGCCUGGCUGCGUUCGGUUAAGGAUGUUGUUAAGAGCACGGGCGAAACACAAAUUCAUGAGGAUCUGCUUGAAGGACACCUAGGUUUAACCAAAGAGUUGAUGUUCUACUUGGCGCCUGAAUUGAAAUCUCAGUUGACUGAAUUGAUUGUGGAAAUUGUCGACGAUUUUUUAUUUCCUGCAUCACAACAGUACCUGCAUUUGAGACGCACUGGAACCCUACUAAACAACAAUGGACCACCGCAAGUGUGCCGAACUCCACAUACAAUAGCUGCCGCUUGUGAACUAUUGGCGGCACUAUGUCAAGGCUCUGUACCAAAUAUGAAACUGAUCGUUAGCAUCUUGGUCGACAUGUUUUGCACGGACACUGAACCUCUUCGCGAAUGGGAAUAUCUUCCACCAAUUUUGCCCAGGCCAUACAAAGGCUUCUGUGGAUUGAAAAAUGCCGGUGCUACGUGCUACAUGAAUUCAGUUCUGCAGCAAUUGUUCAUGGUUCCGUCAAUACGGUAUGGGAUAUUGAGUGCAUCUGGUGCUACGAGUGAUCCGAAUGAAGAUUUCAGUGGUGAAUGCGAUGCAACAGCCGACGUCAUGAAUGAAGAUUUUACCAACCGAAACCGUUAUCACAUUGGCAUAUUGAAACACGUUCAAGCAAUAUUUGCACACUUAGGUCACAGUGCUUUACAAUUUUAUGUUCCUAGGGGUCUUUGGAGCCAUUUCAAACUACAAGGCGAACCAGUAAAUUUGCGCGAACAACAGGAUGCUGUUGAGUUUUUCAUGUCGCUGUUCGAAAGUCUUGACGAAGGGCUGAAAGCAUUGAAUCAUCCCCAAUUGAUGGGUGCUACAUUGGGCGGAAGCUUUAGUGAUCAGAAGAUAUGUCAAGAAUGUCCGCAUCGAUAUUCGAAGGAGGAACCGUUCAGUGUGUUUAGUGUUGAUAUUAGGAAUCAUAGCUCUUUAACCGAAUCCCUGGAACAAUAUGUGAAGGGCGAACUACUGGAGGGCGCUGAUGCUUAUCAUUGUGAUAAAUGUGAUAAAAAGGUGGUGACUGUGAAGCGUUUAUGUGUGCAGAAAUUACCGCCAGUCUUAGCUAUACAACUAAAGAGAUUCGAAUAUGAUUACGAACGUGUUUGUGCUAUAAAAUUCAACGAUUACUUUGAAUUUCCCCGGAUGUUGGAUAUGGAGCCUUAUACCGUUUCUGGUCUAGCCAAAAUGGAAAACAAAAUGAUCGAACUGGAAGACCACAUCGACGGCAAUGAUGACACAACGACCAAAUAUCAAUUAACUGGAAUUGUUGUACAUAGCGGCCAGGCGUCUGGUGGUCACUACUUUAGCUAUAUUCUUCAUAGGGAUCAGCCUACUGGUAAGGAGCAAUGGUAUAAAUUUGACGACGGCGAAGUGACCGAAUGUAAGAUGCACGAGGACGAUGAAAUGAAAGCCCAGUGUUUCGGUGGCGACUAUAUGGGCGAGGUGUACGAUAAUAAUUUGAAACGGAUGCAAUUGCGACGCCAGAAACGAUGGUGGAAUGCGUACAUGCUGUUCUACACGCGUUGUGACGAGGUCAAAGUGCCGGUGAUAUCAAGCAUUGAACAGUUGUCGUUGGCCGAGAGUCGAAACUGUGUUCUGCCGAUGCCGGCACCGAUUGAGAAAAGUGUUCGAUCGCAGAAUUUGCGGUUCCUUCAUUCAAGGAAUCUGUUCUCGGUCGAGUUUUUCAAUUUCGUGAGGAAGUUGGUAGGCUUUUCGUUGCCAUCGAAUUUGACGGGAGUGGAAAAAUGGUCUCCGCAAGCUGAAGAAUUGUCUCUACUCUCCAUACAAUUGGGAUCCCAGUUUCUAUUCCAUUCUGGUUUUCAUACGAAGAAAACGUUACGGGGACCAGCUAUUGAUUGGUAUGAAGCUAUAAGAAUAGAUAAUCCCGUUUGGUUCGAAGCACUCAACGGACACCUCCGUAACUCGGCAGCGGUGCGUCGAUGGUUCACCCAAAAUGUUAUAUUACAUCCACCCACACGGAUGAGCGAAUACAUUUUACUCGCACCAUCGCAGGAAGUUCGAAUGGUUUUCGUCAAAUUGGUGACCGUGUGCUGUCUGUUUGCUGGCAAUGACGAACCGAUCAGUGGAUACGACGGGGACAAUCUGUGCGAACAAAUUUUGAAAUCUGCUCUGACACUGCUGAAAAAUGAUGUGGCCGAACAUGGCAAGCAUCUGGGCCAGUAUUUCACAUUGUUCAGUUUAUAUGCGGCAUCCGGAGCGGCUCAAAAACAGCAACUUCUGAAGUUAAACGUUCCGGCCUUAUUCAUGCAAGCAUCACUUGGCGAAGAUCCAAGUGCCUUAAUUAAAGGAUCGUACUCGGAGCUAGGUAAAUUGCACCAGGUUGUAUCAGUGCUUGUACGAAGUAGCGAUGUGUCGUCACGCUGUCAAAGUUCCAUUCCAAUGGGUACCGUACUUCCGAAUGCCUUUCUGGAACAGCAUGCUCAUCAACCAAGCAGUUUGAUUCCGCUGUCCAAAGAAGCGUGUGAACUGCUGUUCAACCGAACCAGUUACAUCAAACGCCUGAUCGAAGAUCCGAGUGCCGGUGACGACGGUGUGAAAUUGCUACAAUAUUGCAGUUGGGAAAAUCCGCAUUUUUCGCGUUCCGUACUAACGGAACUGUUAUGGCACUGUGGAUUCACAUACUUCCAAGACAUGCGCCGGCACACCGAUUUGUUACUCAACAUUUUACUAGUCGAAGAUUCAUGGCAAAAUCAUAGAAUACAUAAUGCACUGAUGGGCGUAGCGGAUGAACGUGCCGGUUUGUUGGAAACGAUACAGAAAGUGAAACAGCAUUACGAGAAGCGAGCCUACCAAAUCAUCAAGUGCUUAGUUCAAUUGUUUAGAGAGAGUGGUGUAGCGCAUACGAUGUUGAACACAAACCAAAAUAUUGCUCGUCAUUGGACGUUGGCCGUGGAAUGGUUACAGGAUGAAUUGGAUCGAAAGCGUGGCGUUACCGGUCAAUAUAAUUACAGCUCGUGGUCGCCACCAGCACCGACGAACGACAACUUAGCGUACAUGUUACUAAGAUCCCAAUCAGCCGAACAUACGUUACAAAUGGCACUCGAACUGUGUCCCGAUCCCGAAGAGGAGCAAGACGAACAGGCCGAUUCUGAUGUAGAGCAACUGGAAGACUAUCCACCAACCGAACAAAUGAAUGCAGUCACCUCACCGCAAACUGACGAUAGUCAACCGGAUCAGUCGUCAUCGGAUAGAUCGACGGGCGAAUCGGAACUGUUAAGCUUAAUUCGAAAUGAUGCGACACCGUCGGCAAACGAAAAAUCUACGGAACCGGACAAGGUGUCGGAUAAAAAUGUUCGAGUCAAAUCACGUGCAUCAUCUAGUCAAAAUUUGGUGUCAUCAUCUGCAAGCGAAUCAGUUUCAACAAGUUACACGUUACCGGAAUUAGCCGACCAGGAAGAAAAUGGGAAACCGAAAGCGGCUACUAUUGACGUUUUAGUUAAUGCGAUCAAUGGCAGUCUAGGCAAUUUGAAAUUAUCCCCGAAUCAGUUACAACCACCAUCAUCGCUGUCAAUAUCUGUGUCGCCGAUAGCCGAUGGACUCAACGAAUUGAAAGGUGAACAAACAGCAUCGGACGGACAAUCAUCCAACGAAACGAAUGUAAGCCAAUCAUCGCCAAUUUUAUCGGAAACAAUAUCACCGUCAUCGCCAUGGCAUUCAGUGACAACAGACGAACAAUCUUAAAAACAAACACACACCGACGACACACAAACACACACACAAAAAGUGAAACGGAAACCGAUUCGUUUUGGAAUUUGUGGCUUUGUUGAUAAGAAUAAUUUUCACCUUUCGAUCCGAUCCAUUUUCGUCGCAAAAUUCAAAUUGAGAUUACGUUCGAAUUUGU